AUGGGCUUCGCUGUAGGGCUUGCCUUGCUUUUGCAGGUCGUGGGUUUCUUCAGCAGUACUCCCCUUGUUGAAGCACAAGUUCAACUCCUUAAUAUUACAGAUGCACCUGGUCUCUCUGCUACAUGCAUUGCGGUUCUGAACCAGGCAGUGAACUGCACAACUACAAUUGCUUCUAUCGGAAAUGUUCUUGAUGGCUCUCCUGUCUUUGGCACACCACUGUUUUUGACAAGUUCUCAGCUCAGUGGGCUGUGCAACACUGCAUGCUCAGCAUCACUGACAACAUGGGAAAGGCGAAUAGCUGGUGCUUGUGGAGCGACGCUUUAUGAUGCAGCAGAUGGCGGCCAGUUUGCUCUGGCAUUGCUUGCGGAACAGUAUGUGGAAGCUUACAGCUCAGUGUGUUUGACGAACAAAGCAGGGGCUUAUUGUAAUCGUGUGAUUGGAGAUCUCAUGCGCAUUGAUCCGGCUAACCAAAGGGCCACCGCGACACCGGUUUCUACCGCAUAUUGCGAUGAUUGCUACCUCUCUUUAUUGUCUACCCAGUUGGCAAUGCCGUUGGCCUCUACUGCUGACCUGAAGAGCCUGUUUGCAACUUUGACAUCUUCAUGCAAAAAGACAGGAUGGACGUUAUCUGCGCCUCCAACAGCAACCACAUUUACAGUUCCGCCAACCCAGCCCCCGGCAGCUGCGUGCUCUGGUACUACAUACACAAUCUCAUCAACAGAUACAUGCGUGGGCAUUUCCAUGAACAAGGGAAUUAGUACCGAUGAUUUGCUCUCAUACAAUUAUCUAUCGUCUUUGUGCAAAUACUUUCCAAAAGCUGGCACGUCUCUCUGUAUUCCCGAUUCUCGUGUCUGCAAGCCAUACACGGUGCUGAAAGCAGACACAUGUUCUUCUCUUCAGAGUCAAUUCAAGAUUUCAUAUGCGCAACUUAUCGCGUGGAAUCCGUCUCUGGGGUCGAAAUGCUCCAAUAUUCAACAAUACGUCGGCUAUGCAAUUUGCGUAUCAAAUCCGGGAGGAAACUAUGUUAACCCCAGUCCAACUACCAUAAUUCCCUCUUCGACGGCCACUUCAUUAUGGACAUAUUCUUUACCAGCCAUGACUUCGUACCCCAAUGCGACAUAUGUAGCAUCCACCGCAGACGCUCCAUAUGCAAACGGAACCCGCAUGGACUGCACAAACUACUUCACUGCGCCAAUUCUUACCAAUUAUACUGAAAAUGGAACCACGAGCUUCAGCUGCCAAGAUGCUGUUUCUCAGUUUGGCAUUGACAUGGCAGAUUUCUUGACCUGGAAUCCAUCUCUGAGUGCUUUGAGCCCGUGUACAAUGACCAAUAACACACAGUAUUGCGUCCAAACAUACAGACAAACGUCUAAAAACAUUACUGGCUCCUGUGUACAAAAGGCGAUUGCUCCUCCGGGCUACGACUGUAUCGGCUUCACAUCAAGACAUGGCAUAGACCACGAUCAAUUCGCACUUUGGAACCCAGAAGUAGGGAGUGACUGCGGACAGUUCAAAAUUGGCACUCAAUAUUGCAUUGAUGUGCUGCAUUACCGACAGCCAGGCAUCACUUCGAACUGCAAUAAGUUUGCCGCGGCUAAUAACACCAAUUGGGUUGAGCUUCCGUGCCAAAUAAUUGAGACGGAAUUUGGCAUAAGCCACGCUCGCUUCAUCGCAUGGAACCCUGCUGUACAAGACAAUUGCACUGGGCUAUAUCUUGGCUACGAUUAUUGCGUUUCCAUACCCAACUAUAGGCCCACCUACACGUCAACCACGCCAUUUGCUACUGCGUUACCAAGCCCAGUAGCUUUGCCUGGCGUAAAGUCCAAUGCGAAGGGCUCAUCAAGUUCAUUGCCCAACGGGAAAGCAACCGUGACUUCAGGCAGUUCCAAAUCUACCAAGUCGAAUAGUCUGAAUCGGCAAAUGACUGUUCCUACUCCCACUGGUAAGUAA